AUGCUCGUCUACGGGGGUACGACGUUCUUCCUUGAUCUCCAGAGUGACCUGUGGAGCUACAGUGCCAGUUCGCAGACGUGGGCACAGCUGGCACCAGGCGGAUCUGCGCCUGCAGGGCGCUACUACCAUGCCGCAGCGUGGGCAGAGGCUCAGCAGAAGAUGUACAUCAGUGGCGGGACGACUAUGGAUUCCUCCUAUCAGUCCAGCAUGUUGAGCGACCUCUUCUGCUAUGAUGCAUCUGCUAAUAUUUGGACUGAGCUUACCACGCUGUCAGCCCCAUCGCUGGACCCCCCAGGACGCUGGGGCCACUCAAUGGUCUGGCUUCCCCAGGCCGAGCGUCUCAUUGUCUUUGGCGGAACCACUGGCAUGAACUCUGCCGACGGGCCAUCGGACACCGUGUUCGGCUUUACUGCCGCGACCCAUGUGUGGGAAGAGAUUUCGUACACAGGCACGAUCGCUGCGCGUGACGACCAUGCCGCUGUGUGGUAUGAUGGCGCGUACCAGACCACAGGCGACUCGGAGUGGCACGGCCAUGAAGCCAUGCUUGUGUUCGGCGGUGUCGGCACAUCGUCGAAUCUUCUCGGCGAUCUAGCGCACAUGUGGUUCAGACCAGCCACAACAACGAGCGCUACAUCUACAACCGCAACGUUCACCUCAACGACGCAGUCCAUGACAAGAACGAGCGCAACGCAGCCCCGGUGCUUCAACGGGCCCAACUGCUACGACCCCCACUUCGAGGCGGUGGAGGACGUCGCGCCGCCUGGAGCGCGCUACGAGCCGCGGGCGGCGGUCCACCAGUCCCUGGUAGCCUGGUUUAUCUUCGGGGGCAGCAGCGCCGCGGGCUACCUCAACGACAUGUACGUCUACAAGGUGCUGGAGGGCGCAUGGGCGCUCUGCCCUCCGCACGGGGCGCAGCCGGCGGGCCUGUACCAGACCAGCCUGGCCCUCUGGGAGGCAGAGUACACGCUCUUUGUGUUUGGUGGCAUGGACGCCGACUCCGUGGUGACCAACAGCAUUUGGAGCUACACCGUCUCCAACGACACCAUCAGCUCCGACCAGGAAAUCGAUGGCUCGUGGGCCUUGCUUUCACCCAGCGGGUCUUUGCCGAUUGCCAGGUAUGGUCAUACGGCAGUCGUUAAUGAGGCGACGGCUAGCAUGUUGCUUUUCGGGGGCGUAACUGGAACGUUCACCAGCCUGAACGACUUGUGGAGCUACAGUUGCAAUGAGAAGUCUUGGAUGCGGUUGUCUCCAAGCGGUACUGCCCCGCCAGAGCGGUACUACCACUCGACAGCAUGGUGGCCCGACCAGCAAAAGAUGUUCGUCUCUGGCGGCCUCGGACUGGACUUGAGCACAUUCGUCUUCUCACAGUUCGCAGACAUGUACAUGUAUGACGCAGUCGCAAAUGCCUGGUCAGAGUUAACGCCCAGCGGACUCGGAAUCGGAGCCCCCGGGCUCUACGGUCACUCGAUGGUCUUCAUGACGGACGCAGAGCAGUUGCUCGUCCUGGGUGGGUAUCAGGGCGUGUCGGCCACAACGAAGGACACCCUUUACGGCUACGAUGUAGCGAGCAGAACUUGGUCGGAGCUGGCCAAGACGGGUGAGACCGAGGAGCGUGUAGAUCACGUUGCCAUGUGGUACCAGGGCGGCUACAAUGUAGACGGGCACACCGAGUAUGACAAUUUCGAGUCGAUGCUUGUGUUUGGUGGGCUGGAAACUUCUGCGAGCACGCUUACCGGUAGGCUGACCCGGAUGUGGUGGAAGCCUGCCACGACGACGACAAUGACGUCUACUGCCACCGAAUCAACCACGUCGUUGACGACAACUGUCUCCACCACGAGUGUAACGGCGUAUGGGUGUUUCCACACACCGGACUGUUUUGACCCUCACUUCGAGGCAGUGCAGUCGACUGGAAUCUCACCCGGGUGGCUCGAAGGCGCGAACUCCGCCGUGCGCAACGCCUCAGCCGCGCUUUUCAUAUCCAUUUGUCUUCGGUAUGACCAAUUGCUCACUAACGACCUCUACGUCUACAAGAUCUUGGAGAGCCAGUGGGCAAGAUGCCCACAGCAAGGAGCGAACAUUCCCGCCGAGGCAAUGUACACCACCAUGGUUUUGUGGGAGGCUGAGUACAAGCUGCUCGUGUAUGGCGGACUGACUCAAAGCUUUGCGUGGUCAAGAGAUGUGUUCAUUUACACUGUCAACAGCGACACCAUCACGAAUGGUGAAAUUGAUGGCGAAUGGUCAGUAGUUCCAGCCGGAAGCACAAAUCCAGGCGGGCGAAUGGGGCACGUCGCCGUCUUCAACGAGGCCACCUCCACCAUGUUUGUAUUCGGAGGACAGGGCUCCGACUUCCUGUUCAGGAACGACUUGUGGAGCUACGACGCCGUGUCCCAGACCUGGACGCGAAGAUCUCCGGGCGGUACCAUCCCAGGGGCGCGUGGCUUCCAUGCGGCCGCCUGGGACGCGCUGGCGGAGAGGAUGUUCGUGCAUGGAGGUCAGUGGUUCGAUGCGGACAUGACUUUUUCGACGCGCGGCGACCUGUUCGUGUACGACACCAGGGCCGAUUACUGGUGGCAGGUCUCCGCCAACGUCAACGGGAUCGCAACCCCUUCGCUGUGGCAGCACGCCAUGGUCUUCCUUCCCAGAACGGAGAGCCUGCUGCUGUUCGGCGGGACGGAAGGCGCUGACAGCACCGUCGCGGUGAACAGCCUGUAUGGCUUCAGGACCAGGGGCUCCCUGUGGGAGAACCUCUCUUGGACUGGUUCUGCGCCGCCAGGCAAGUCUCCCGUCGCGGCAUGGUACGACGGUUCUACCAACACUUCAGGAGCGAUGGAGUGGGACCGCCACGAGGCCCUGAUGCUCUUCGUAAACGAUGAGCACCUGCAGAUGUGGUUCAAGCCGCCGACGACGACAUCCAGUGCCACAUCGUCCAGCACUACGAUGACCAGCACCACUACCAUGUCAAUGGCCACUGGGACCACCUCAUUUGCGACCAGCACAGCGACCAGAGUAAGCACCUCCCAGACCAGCACAAUUUCUGAAAUCGUUAUUGAAACUGAUACCAGCAGCGCAUCCUCUUGGACCAACACUAAGACUGGAACCACUACGUCCAGUACCAGAACGUCCAGCACAACGGUGACUGGCACCGCGACCAUGUCCACUUCCAAAAGCACAAGCGCGACACAGACCGUCACCAAGAUCAGUACCACGACAGGGACCAGCACAACCGUUAGCUCCAGCGAUGCCACUGGGACCAGCACAGAGAGUGUAACCACUGCGUCAAGCACCAGAACACCCAGCACAACGGUGACUGGCACCGCGACCGUGUCCACCUCCAAAAGCACAAGUGCGACAAAGACCGUUACUAAGACCAGCACCAGCACUGGGACCAGCAUCACGACUAGCUCCAUCGCCUCUUCUGGGACCAACGCUGAGACUGGAACCACUCCGUCGAGUAUCGGAACGUCCAGCUCCGCGGUGGCAAGCACCGCUACCAUGUCUACCGCUAUCAAGAUCAGCUACAGUGCAACCGGCACUAGUGCUUCUGCCACUAGUUCGACCAGUUUUGGUGUGACCAGCGCAAGUACCACCCAGACGAGCACCACUGGCGUCACGAUGACCAACACGCAGGCGAGCAGCAGCACUCGCAGCAGCACGGGCGAGACCAUCAACAGCGCCACUGUUACCAGCACCGUGUGGAGCAGCACAAGUGCCAUCAGUACAACCAGCCGCUCGAGCGCUACAGACACAAGCAGGACCAGUAGCUUCGCUCUCAGCAGUGCCAGCGGCUCGAGCAGCACAACUGGCAGUAGCUCCAGUGGAACCAGCACGUCUCAAGUUGGCGCCGCAGCGUCCGAUACGAGCAGCAUCCAGAGCAGCACUCCGAGCCUUGAGGCUGCACAGGUGAGCGGGUCAAUCGAGUUUUGGUUCUCUGACCCAGACGCCGUUCGGAGCGGGGCGGAGGCGGAGAAGUUGCUGGUCUCGGUCGGCGUCACGAUCUCCCAGGUCGUGGGCAUGCCAGCGAGCUAUGUCUCCGUCUGGUUCGCGGAGGGAUCGCGGAGGCUCGGGGCCGCCACCCGUCGGCUCGCCGGGGGCAUCCUCGAGGUGAGGUACAGCAUAUACGUGCCCUCGGAUAUCGAUGCUGAGUCUCUCGGUAUUGACGACGCGGAGGCGUCCUUGAAUAGCGUGAGCGUCAGUUCUUUCACGUCCUUGCUGCAGAAGAACAUCGACUCGAACUUUGGGGAGGCCGUGUACUCGGUUUCCGUGCUGGCACUCGACGCGGUUGUGGUUGACGACGUUCAUACCGUCCCGGCAGAGCCAGACGAACGUCAGGGUUCUGCCUCGAGCGUGCUCAUCAUCAUCGUCAUUGGAGUAGGGUGUUGUCUCGGGAGCGUGUUCAUCAGCGUUAUGCUGUUUUCGCGCAGGCGUCGGCGUUGGGCGCUUCGUCUGGAACGCGAUCGGGCUCAGAGGCAGUGCCCCCCGUCCACAGGCGCGACAAGCGGCGAGCAGGGCCCACGGGAAGACGGCGAUAAGUUCGAGUUCUUCUUUGACAUGGACAACGCGGACGAGCACGUUGCCGAAUAUGAGACUCGUCAGGAGCUCACUUCGAGCCCGUCUGCAGGCGCUGGCCAGGCCCCGGGAGAGCUCAUCUUCGACAUGGACAGUCCGGACGUGUACCUCGGCGAGCAUGAGGAGGACCUGGCUCCAAGCUUGAGGAUGCAUGUCCCAAGGCUGCAUGGCGCAGCUGGCGGCGCCGAUCAGCCAGCACCAGAAGGAGGCGACAGGUUAGAGUCCAUUUUCGACGUGAACGACACGGACGUACCCCUUCCCGAGCAUCGCCAGGAUUCAAGAGGUCCGCCUGGAGAUGGUGACCGGCCACCCCCAGCAGAAGGCUGUAUAUCAGACUUCGUUUUUGAUAUGGACGACCUGGAGGAGAAACCCCUUGCGUAUCACCAGGGAACUGAUUUCGCGUCCGAGCAUAUCUAG